UUUUGUUUCCAUGGCGACACCAGCAGCUGAUGGUUUUCAUUUUUUUCAAAAUCUAGACAACAAUUACUUCUUUGUUUUGGAAAUCAGGGUGCUUGUUUUAAAGGAUUUCAAGCACGGACUUUCCGCUCGAUUCAGAUGUUUGGAAAAUGGAUAGCCCGUGUUUCGAUCUAGGCUCGUUGAGCUCAAGUCCGUUUCUUUAUCGGGAAGGCGAAGAUUUCCUUGGGCAGACAGUCAACACUUUUUUCGAUGAAGAUAUUAGCUUCGAUUUUGUUGACACUUUUGAAGCAGGUUUUUCGAUAGCUGGGAGAACUGAUGAAGUGUCGGCGACAGCGACUCAUAAGAAAGAUCAGUAUUUAAUGAGCGAGAGUCCGGUACUUUUAACUUCACCGCGAAGACACGAGAGUAAAUUGGAAAAAGAGUUAAAUACCACCGACGGCGCUGAAACGUUUUUUGUCAGCAGAAGCGAGCACGUGAAGGUGUCGCAAAGGGAAAACAGUGCUUCGCAACAAACCUCAUUUUCUGAAAACAAAAAUACUUGUACAAAUGAAGUUGACCCAAGCGCUGAGAAAGUGCUCUCAAGAACUGUGUCCAAAAAUGCGGAAGAACUAACACAAAACGCCACAAGACAAGAAGCGACGGAAACUGACAACACGCUAUCAAGAAGUCACGAUAAAGAUGCUGUUGAAACUGGCAGCCAAAGCGAGCAGAUUACAAACAUUACAACGCCGGCUGCUUCGCGCGAAGAUCUCGGAAAUAAUUUCCAGCAAAAUAUUAAUAUUUAUGGAAGUGUACCUGAAAAAACAACAUUCGACAAUUUCAAGCUAUUAUCGCUUGAGGAACAUACUACCUGCGACAAGGAGCGGGACUAUGCAAUUAAGGACCGAGAAAGCAUCAGGGUUACGGAUCUCAAGAAAGCGGAAAAUAACCCUUCUUUUGGGUUGAAAAAUUCUGCUUUUAAACGUUGUGUCGUUCCGAAGACGUUUUAUUCUCCAUUUUGGACGCCAGAGAAAAGUACAGCGAGACAGGAUAAAUCUUUGGAGGACGGUUUUAUUAAUGCGCGACGCAAUGUGGACAUUUUGUACUGCUGCCAUUGCAAAUCCCAAAAGCGCGGUGCCAAGAAUAUAAAAAUUUCAAUGAAGCCCGCACAGAGUACAUUAACCACAAGUCAUAAAGACAGUAACAGGUAUAUCGAUUUUCUAAAACGCAAUUCUGUCGUAAGGUCGCAAGAAAACCACCAACGAGCUUAUAACAAAACUAUUAGUGGAGGGAUAUCAAGACACGGGCAGGAGGCAAACAGAAAUGAUAAAUGGAUCUCUUUGCCAGCAAUUGACACAUCAUUUAGACCAGCUCGUCAGAAAGCUUUGAGCAACAGAGACAUUGGUGCGCUUUACUCCAGAACGCUUUCGGUUGCUCCUAUAGAUGGCUUGAUAAAUAAGUAUAAAGGAAGACAUUUCGAUUUCGUCGAGCAACAGAAAAGAUACCAGCUUAAACGUUUUAAAUAGAUAUCUGUUCGCGUAUGCAUUACAUUUCCAGCAAUUAGCACCUCAUCGGCAACCGCAGAUUAGCAAACGGCUUUACCACAAAGCAAUUGGUGCAUAUUACUGUACAGUUUUCGUUGUCUCAGCCAGAAGAAGGCAGUACCUUUCGGCAGAGUUGGGGCCGCUUUCAAAGAGAUUUGUUUGUACAGAUUGUUUAAAAGCACGGAAUCACUAGUGGAAUCGUCGAAAAGUUUUAAUUUGCUGACUACGUAAUGAAGUCGGUUGCUUCAUUGAUUUUCAAAAUAUGUAAUCCUUCGCCAUUGAAUGCAUUAAAGCUAUGAAACAAAGCUUCCCUUUUUGUAUUUUAAAUGCAGCUUAUUAUAAAAUCAAUGUAUUACCAUUUUUCACUUCCUGAUUUUAAUCUCAAAAUAAAGCCAUUAAAAAUCAUUCCAGAAUAUAUUCUUUAUCCUGUGACCUCAUCUCGCAGCUAAAUAAAAUAUAGAUUGCGUUUGCGAACGCUUUAUUGGUCAAAAGCUACCUUUUACAAGAGACAAAGAAGACUGUGAUAUUAUUCAGUAGAGUGCGUUAAUUCAAAAUCAUGAAGUACAAAAAGGCAAAGUCACGAAUUACACUGACACUUGCUUUGGCUUGCGUUUUUGCACUUCGCUCGUGUUCCCAAAUUAUCAUUGGGUCUUAUGCUUCGUCUAGAAAUCUUUAAUGUUAUCUGUUCGCAGAAAAUUACGUGCCGUGGAUAGACGCAAGUAAAAUCAUUUCUCCCUUUAAAGAAACAAGUUCUUCGCUAAUACACUCAGAGCUCUGCUAAAUAAUGAAACACCUGCCGAUGCGUAAUAUAGUUUAUUUAUUUCCCCUGUCACCUUUUCAACUUAAUUUUAAAUUGAUUUCUGUGCCGGCUCACAUCAUCAGCAAGAAACGCAAUUAAAAUGUUCGGACCUGGCUAAACUAGGAAACAUUGUCACGGAGGCAAAUGUCUCCAAAUUUAAUUUAGUCGCGGGGGAAACAUACGUCGGGGAAACAAAUUUUGCUGCUCGGAAACAGGAAACUGUUUUUACCUCGGGUUAAAAGCAUUUUUUGGUUCCCGGACACAAAUUUUGCUUCCGAAAGAUAUGUUUUCCGGUUUAGCCACCAUGAAAGCAAUGUUAACUAGAUUCCAAUCCUGUUUACUACAAGUGCUUCCCAGCAACGGCGAGCGUACAAAAAUGGCAGGCCACGAAGUCGAAGUAGAAGAGCCGCGAGAAGUUCAUGGGUCAAGGGGGAGACGGAAAGGAAUUGGCAGGACGAAGAGAUGAAGUCACUUAUUACCUUAAAUGAGGACAGAGCCUGUUUGCGGGAUGUAACAUGAAUACGAACAGAAAAGGAUGUGGCUUACUGUCAAAUCGAUGUCAAGAUGUCAAAUAUGGUAUCACAAGGGACGAUUACAAAAGCAAAGUAAACUGAAUUCCAGACUUCCUCGGGAGUCAGUUUAUUGUAAUGCGCACCCUUGACUCUUUGUUUUCCGUAACAAUGUUUCCUCGUUCAGCCACCGGGACAGCAAAAAAUUUUGUUUGCUUCCCGCUAAUUUAGCCACCCUGGAAACAUAACAAAAGACAAUGCUUCCACAACAACGUUUCCUAGUUUAGCCAGGCCUUGAAUCAGCUUAAGGAAUUUAAGGACGUUAAAUUAUUUCUUUUUUUUACUCAAG